AUGAGAUCAUUUGUAACAAAUAAUGAUAUACCUGUUGGCUAUGUAACACCAAAAUUCCCCUCAUUAUACUGGCCCAUCAACAACUCGAAGUACAACACCGCAUUCUUGUACUAUAUCUCUGAUAUUUGGAAAUUUUCGCUGUACUGGACUUUAAUCUUUAAUGGCGUAUUUUAUGUUGCUGCUGGUUCGUACGCCAGCUUGACUCAUAGAAAGAAGGCCGGAAGUAUAUGGAUAUUCGUCAUGUACGUUAUUUAUGGCGGCGUACAGGGCUUGACUACUGGUACAGUCAUGGGGUUCUUAAUAGGUGCAAUCUAUAGAUCUGGUCUAUUCUCCAUGUCUACAUGGGUUCCACUUUGCUGCGCAGUAGUCCAAAUCCUCUUCGAUGUGGUGCUAGGCUAUUCAAUGGUUGGUUCUGUUAUGUGA